AUGGAACUACUAGAUGUAAUGAAAAAUUUAACUAUUAAAAAUGUUGCUAAUGAAAGUAAUCAAAACUUUUUCAAGUCAAUUGCUGCAGAUAUAGACGAUGUACCAACUGAAAUUGUUUAUGCAGAUUAUUCAGAUAAAAUAAUGCUCAUUAUUUCACAAUACCAAAAAAUUGGCAGUUUGUUAAUGAUUCAAAAGGAACAAGUGCAUAGCCCAUUAGGUUCAAAUGACAUUUAUACAACAAAAGUAAUUUUUGGUGCUUCAGGAGAAGAACAGCAAGUUGCAGCAAGACAUCUGGCUGAAGCAAUUGACAUAUGUAAACCACUUUGCAUAUUCAUUAAUCUUAAAUCAUAUGACAUUGAGACAGUCAAAGCUUGUAAAGAUAUCAUUCUUGACUUGAAGAAAGAGGAAAAGUAA